GUUUUUUUCCUCAAAACUUUUUCUUUGAAGCCAAACAUAAGCUUGGGUUUUGGAUGGAUUAGGACGAGUGCAUUGUGAUUAACGGAUAAAAGCAUCAAAUUUAUGGAAAUCUCCGUUUACCUAACCCAUGAAAAUAUGAAGUUAAUGGAAAUCAGUUGCCAUAUUUGAAGGAUUUAUUUCCAAAUAUUUUAUGAAAUUUGAAAAGUACGACUCACCAACCGUGGAUAUUCCCCCCAAAUCACGUGCAAACCCCACUCAAAAUGACGGAGGCUUCUCCAUGUAUGGCAGUUUGUGGAAGCGUAUCCUCCACAUCGCAAUACGCUCGCUAAUCACGUUGCCCACAACACUCUGAUUGCUUCUUUCACCGUCUCUUUGUUGUUCAUCUUCCUUCACGCUCUCUCUUUUUCUUUCUAGAUAUGGCUGCCAAGCUCAUGCGCGCGGUUUGGUAUAGUGGCUAUGGCGGCGGAGCUGCUGGGCUGGAGCAUGUUGAGGUUCCAGUUCCAGCUCCUGCUAAAGAUGAGGUUUUGCUGAAAUUGGAAGCAGCAAGCCUAAAUCCAAUAAAUUGGAAAAUGCAGAAAGGCAUGCUGCGUCCUCUUUUUCCUCGCAAAUUCCCUCACAUACCAGUUACUGAUGUGGCUGGAGAGGUGGUGGAGGUUGGAUCUGGAGUCAAAGAUUUCAAAGUUGGUGACAAAGUUGUUUCCAUACUUAGCCAAUUUAGCGGAGGUGGACUAGCAGAGUUUGCCGUGGCUAAAGAGAACUUGACAGUCUCAAGGCCUGCUGAAGUGUCAGCAGCUGAAGGCGCAGGCUUGCCCAUUGCAGGUCUUACAGCUCACCAGGCUCUCACCCAGGUGGUAGGCAUCAACCUUGAUGGAAGUGGCCCAGAGAAAAACAUCCUAAUCACAGCUGCCUCAGGUGGGGUCGGUCACUAUGCUGUUCAACUUGCAAAGCUGGGAAACACACAUGUUACAGCCACUUGUGGAGCGCGAAACAUUGAUUUAGUCAAGAGCUUAGGGGCUGAUGAGGUUCUGGACUACAAGACCCCAGAUGGUGCAGCCCUCAAGAGCCCAUCUGGUCGGACAUUUGACUUUGUGAUCCACUGUGCAACAGGCAUUCCCUGGUCCACCUUCGAGCCUAACUUAAGCACAAAUGGGAAGGUAAUAGAUAUCACUCCUACCGCCAGUACGAUGCUGACUUUUGCUCUGAAGAAACUCACUUUCUCUAAGAAGCAGCUGGUGCCCUUGGUUGUAUCUCCCAAGAAGGAGAACCUGGAGUGUCUUGUUGGGUUGGUGAAGGAAGGGAAGCUUAAGACAGUGAUCGACUCGAAACAUCCCCUGAGCAAGGCUGAAGAUGCUUGGGCCAAGAGCAUCGAUGGCCAUGCUACUGGGAAGAUCAUCGUCGAGCCUUAAGCAUGAUUAUAUCAACUCUAAUAUGCCUAAUGAAAAAGGUGUGAUGUAGCAUGCGAGGGUUAGGUAAUAAUUAUUUGCAUUAGAACAAGGUAUUUGAUGAUGUUUGUUUCUGCCUCACGCUUAGCAGACUGGUUAUUGUAAAUGUGUGCAUCUUUUAUUCAUAUUUGUAAGUUGUAUAAGCUUUUGUCA